AUAGCGUUCCAGGCCCAAUACCAAAGCCCCGUGCUUGUAUUCUUCCCUCCUCUCGCUCCCGCCCAGCUCAUUCAUGCAGCUUAGGAUCUAGCUCCUCUCCUUGUGCCCCUCACCAGCGCUCUCGCUGCGCUCGCCCACCCUCACCCCAUGCGUCAGCCGCACAGCUGAUCUCUAUAUGUAACGCCGGGCGCCUCGCCUAGCAGUAGCAGCCUCAUAUAUCGAUCACCGUACCAGUGGGGCGCCACUAGUAUCUUCCGGCGACCACCUCAACCGGCACGUACGUACUGCCUGAUCGAUCGUCGUCGACGAUCGAGCUCGCGACCGAGGAUGUCGUCGGAUGGUGCGUUCAACAUGUCGGCGGCGUACACGCCGGGCCUCGGCGUGCCGCCGUGGCUGAACAAGGGCGACAACGCGUGGCAGAUGGUGUCGGCGACGCUGGUCGGGCUGCAGAGCGUGCCGGGGCUGGUGAUCCUGUACGGCAGCAUCGUCAAGAAGAAGUGGGCGGUGAACUCGGCGUUCAUGGCGCUCUACGCGUUCGCCGCCGUGUGGCUGUGCUGGGUCACCUGGGCCUACAAGAUGUCCUUCGGCGAGAAGCUGCUCCCGUUUUGGGGCAAGGCCGGGACGACGCUCGGGCACGGCUUCCUCCUGGAGCAGGCCGCGCUGCCGCGGACCACGCACUACUACCACGACGGCACCCUCGAGACCGCCGAGAUCACGCCCUUCUACCCCAUGGCGUCCAUGGUCUACUUCCAGUGCGUCUUCGCCGCCAUCACACUCAUCCUGCUCGCCGGCUCCCUGCUCGGCCGCAUGAAUUUCAAGGCCUGGAUGAUCUUCGUCCCCCUCUGGCUCACCUUCUCCUACACCAUCGGCGCCUUCUCCAUCUGGGGCGGCGGUUUCCUCUUCCACUGGGGCGUCAUGGACUACUCCGGUGGCUACGUCAUCCACCUCUCCUCGGGCGUCGCCGGCUUCACCGCCGCCUACUGGGUCGGGCCAAGGUCCACCAAGGACAGGGAGAGGUUCCCGCCCAACAACGUCCUGCUCAUGCUCACCGGCGCCGGGAUUCUGUGGAUGGGCUGGGCCGGAUUCAACGGCGGGGACCCCUACUCCGCAAACGUCGACUCCUCCCUCGCCGUGCUCAACACCAACAUCUGCGCCGCCACCAGCCUCCUAGUCUGGACCUGCCUCGACGUCAUCUUCUUCAAGAAGCCCUCCGUCAUCGGCGCCGUCCAGGGCAUGAUCACCGGCCUCGUCUGCAUCACUCCCGGCGCAGGUCUGGUCCAGGGGUGGGCGGCGAUCAUGAUGGGCAUGCUCUCCGGCAGCAUCCCGUGGUUCACGAUGAUGGUGGUGCACAAGCGCUCCCGGCUGCUGCAGCAAGUGGACGACACCCUGGGCGUGUUCCACACCCACGCCGUGGCCGGGUUCCUCGGCGGCGCCACCACGGGGCUCUUCGCGCACCCGUCGCUGUGCACCCUCUUCCUGCCGGUCUCCAACUCUCGCGGCGCCUUCUACGGCAGCGGCAUGCAGCUCGUCAAGCAGGUCGGCGGCGCGCUCUUCAUCAUCUGCUGGAACGUGAUGGUCACCAGCCUGGUGUGCCUCGUGGUGCGCCUCGUCGUGCCGCUGCGCAUGCCCGACGAUGAGCUGGCCAUCGGCGACGACGCGGUGCACGGCGAGGAGGCCUACGCGCUGUGGGGCGACGGCGAGAAGUACGACUCCACCAAGCACGGCUGGUACUCCGACCACGACACGCAGCACCACAAGGCGCCCAGCGGCGUCACGCAGAACGUCUGAUAACUCAAGCAGAACAUAUAGGAGGGAGAUUAAUAAAUGGGGGCUUGGUUUGAAAUGUUUGAUCACGUUGGGGUUCGAUUGGUUGAUUCGCCUGCAUGCUACCGGUUGGGGUGCAGUUUUACGGUGAUCGCGUGUGGCUGGUUUUUUGGGUUACAAAACAGUUUGGACGUCGUCGCACACGCGCGUGCCGUUCAUGCGCUGUGGAAUAAUGUGGUG